AUGUCGUCCUCAGUAUCGGACUCCGACCCUUCGACGUCUUCAGACUCCAUCCCCAAAGCACGCACCGAGAGGCGGGGCUGGCGGUUCUGGAUCAUAUUCGUCGCUCUCUGCGUAUCCCUCUUUCUCACUGCCCUUGAUCUGGCAUCUGUCUCUACCGCUCUUCCCUCUAUCAUCCAUGACCUUGACGGCACGGACUCCUUCGUAUGGGUCUCCUCCGCCUACACACUCGCUUGCACGGCUGUACUACCUAUGAGUGGUCGCCUCGCGGACAUUUUCGGACGACAAUACGUCCUCCUUAUCGCAAUCCUGUUCUUCGGUGUAGGUUCUGCGGUCGCAGGUGCUGCGACGUCGAUGGACAUACUCAUCACUGGCCGAACUAUACAAGGAGUCGGUUCUGGCGCGAUACAGGUUCUCGUCGCAAUCGUCAUCGCGGACCUCAUUCCCCUCAAAGAUAGAGGGUUCUUUCAGGCAUUGACCGGCGCGACGUACAGCUUCGCCUCCGCCAUCGGCCCUUCCAUCGGAGGAGCUAUUGCCCAGCGCGCAUCUUGGCGAUGGCUAUUUUAUCUCAACCUCCCGCUCUGUGCGAUCGCAUUCACCAUCGUCCUUCUUUUCCUGCAUCUUCGGAAGCCACCAGUGCAGAGCUUCACCUCCGCAUUUAUGGCGAUGGACUGGAUAGGGAACAUCAUAAUUAUCGGGAGCGCAACCUCGUGUAUCUUCGCGCUCACCAACGCCGGGGUCAAAUAUUCCUGGUCGUCAGUGGAGGUGAUAGUGCCUCUCACAAUUGGCCUCGUCGGAUUCCCGGUCGCACUCUUAUACGACGCGUACAUAGCCUCGCAUCCCGUGGUUCCCACUGCCGUCAUCAAUAACCGCACCAGCAUCUCCGGGUACAUCACUACCUUCUUCCACGGUUUGGUCGUCAACAGUGUUGUAUUCUAUCUACCUGCAUACUUCCAGUCUUGCAAGGUCGCCCCGCCACUACUGUCCGGGCUUUACUUCUUUCCAACAGCGCUCUUUAUUUCACCUUCUGCCGUCGUUCAAGGCAUCAUCGUCAGCAAGACCGGCCGGUACCGCCUCGUUACGGUCGUAGGAUGGGCUGCGAUGCUCGUUGGCGUCGGACUGUUCACCCUCAUCGACGCGGACACGCCUAUCGCCGUCACCGUCCCCAUGCAGAUUAUCGCGUCUAUUGGGUUCGGCUUCCUGUGGGCGACGAACUUCACCGUCAUGGCUCCUCUGGACCCCGUCCAUAACGCAUCCGCGCUCUCCUUCCUCCUCUUCGUCCGGACCUUCUCCUCCGCCUGGGCAGUCGCCAUCUCCGGCACAAUCCUCCAGAAUCAGCUGGAUGCCCAUCUCCCUCCCGCGUUCCUCGCCACAUUCCCACCCCGCAGCGACCUCGCUUACAGCGUAAUCCCAGCGAUCGCCGCCCUCCCGCCAUCACUCCAGACCGCAGUUCGCGCUGCUUUCGCAGCAGGCUUCCGCCUCAUGUGGCGCGUGCUGCUCGGGUUCUGUGGUGCGGGUUUGUUGAGCGUCGCGCUGCAGAAGCACGUCGUGCUGCACGAGAAGAUGGAUGAACGGUGGGGGAUGAUCGAGCGAGAGGAGGCGGCAGAGGCAGGGGCAGAGGCAGGGGCAGGGUUGAAGGGCAAGGAUGCGGUGGGCGAGGUGUGCGAAGAGAAGGCAGAGGAUGUAAGGGUCUCGGUGUGCGAGGUGGACCGUUCUCAGGAGGCAGUGGACAUCAUACCUGUUCUGGUUGUGUCUCCGCCGGAGUCGGAAAUGUCGGAAGUUAGUGUGUAA